AUGGAUGAAAAUCGCCACCCCUCGAAUAACAUCGCAGGUGCUGAUGAAGGCCCUGCUCCGAAAAAAACCUGUCUUAUCGAUACGCCUAUCGUAGGGACCCCAGACAACGGCAGCGAUUUCUAUAAUACUCCCUUGGCUGCAGGCACACCAGACAUGGGCAUAACCAGCUUAAAUGAUGGAACCAGCACUACUGAACCCUCUACUUCCUCGAAGCCAAGCCAUAUGAUCCCCGGAUUGAACCUUAUUCACCACUCCUCUGAACAAGAAACUGGCUCGCACUUGACCGCACAGACAACCAAGCAAGAGCAAGAACAACCAGUGAACCACCAAGAAGCCGAGACAGAAACCAAACAAGAAGAAAUCCUGCAUAUCUCCCAGCCCGAGUCCACCGAGGCAGUGACGAAGGAGGAGACAGAAGCGAAUCAAAUCAAAAAUGAAACCACUGCUCCCCUCGAAGCCAUGGAUGUCGAGCAAGAUACCAACCAAGACAAUAUGAUCGAAGCCACUGGUCAGGCUGGUGACGGCGAAGAAGAGGAGCACCCUGAGUGGGAGGAAGACUCAUCGCCAUACGAGUCAUCUUCAGACAGCUCUGAUUCCUCGGACUCCGAUGAUAGUGACGAUGAAGACUAUCCUAUCCUCACUGCCGAGGAGCAAGCACAGAUUCUCAUGCGCGCGGAAGGUGGUUCCGAUGACGAAGGAGACGGCAAAGGGAAACCAGGUGGACAACUGCGAACCACCAACGAGAUCGAACAGGAGGUUCUGCCUGUACCUGAUGUUAAGAUCACCCCCGAGAUGAAGAUUGUGUUCCUGGGCAAAGUUCAUGCCGCUAUCGAUAACAAUGUCCUUAUCGAGGCUAAUACCUCUGGAGAAUAUCAGGUACUCGAGUCAGGCUCCUUGCUUUGCUCUGACGAUCGCGAGGUCAUUGGUGUAGUAGCAGAGACCCUGGGCAGAGUGGAGAAUCCUCUUUAUACCAUCACAUAUGCCACAGCCUCCGAAGUUCAGGAAAAGGGCUUAGUCAAGGGGAAGGAUGUCUUCUAUGUUGAGGCGCACUCCACCUUUGUGUUCACCCAGCCGCUCAAGGGCCUGAAGGGAAGUGACGCUUCCAACUUCCACGACGAGGAAGUUGCCGCCGAAGAGAUGGAAUUCUCCGACGAUGAAGCGGAGGCUGAGUACAAGCGGAAAUUGAAGCAGAAGCGACAAGAGCGAAAGGAAGCCAGAGAAGGCCCAAGAGGCAAGAAGCCGGCCCCAGGACCUUCGAAAUUGAAUCAGACCGAACUCAACUAUGACGAUGCCGGAGGUGAGGAGGGCUACACCCCUCUUGCACGCCCUACAAAUCUCCACGAGAUGAUGAAGACCCGCGAGCCACCGGUUGAAGGCAACGAGCGUGGUGGGUUCCGUGGCGGAAGAGGUCGUGGCCGGGGUGACCGGGUUGACCGUGGACGUGGAGGACGAGGCAGAGGUGGACGCGGAGGAAGGGAAUGGGAGGACCGUCGACCCCAGCAGGCCAGCGGCUCAACCCACGAGCCUCAGCCUCAGCUUCAACCUCAAGCCCAACCCGCUGCUCCUUACGGCCAGCCAAUGUACCAGCAGCCGCAGCAGCCAUAUGGAAUUCCUCAGCCCUUCGCCCAAUAUGCGCAAUACGCACAACAGCAAGCCCAGAACCCGCAACUCAUGCAACAUCAGCCGCAAUUCGGCCAAAGUGGAGCGCAACCACAGAUGCCCUUCCAGUUCUCUCAAUAUCCGGCCUUCCAACAACCGCAACCCCACAACUUCCCGAACAUGCAGCAGGGUGCUGCUCAAUUCAAUCCUCAAUCCAUGGCUAUGAUGCAGCAACAGCAGCAACAAUUCUUGCAGCUUCUGCAACAACAGCAGCAGUACCAACAGUCUCAGCACCAGCACCAGCAGCAACAGCCUCCCCAGGCCCAAACCCCAGCUAUGAACUUUGAUCAAGUCAAAGCCCAGUUGGAUCUGCUGCGAAACCUGAACGGCGGGAACCAGGGUCCUCCUCCUUCCUGA